GCUUGACCGCGCAUGCGCUGUGCUGCGCAUCAUCAUCAUCAUCAGUCUCACGCGAGUGUUCAUGACGCUGUGGCUAGAACGAGCGCUGCUGCGGGCACUUUCUCCAGGUUUUUCACAGACAAAAUGGCAGUGGAAAAGCGCUUGGCAUAUUCUAUCGUGCAGUUCCUCAGAGAUCAGACACACUGUGGCUCGCUGAAUUCAGAUGAACAGGAAAGCCUGGAAGUUGCCGUACAGUGUCUCGAGACCACUUUCAAGAUCAGCUCCAGUGACUGCCAUCUCGCCGCUCCUCAGCCACUGAGAGAGAUAUUCCUCAACUCUCUCCUCAAAAAUGAUAUUGUAACGUUACCUGAGACGUUUCCAUCUCCUGAGGACAUUGAGAGAGCCGAGCAGCUUAAAAAUGAGGGGAAUAACCACAUGAAGGAGGAGAAUUAUAGCAGUGCUGUGGACUGUUAUACAAAAGCCAUUGAGUUGGACCAAAGAAAUGCAGUCUAUUACUGUAACAGGGCUGCGGCACAUAGUAAACUUGGAAACUACACAGAGGCUACGGGAGACUGUGAACGAGCGAUUGCCAUCGACCCUUCGUACAGUAAAGCUUAUGGCAGAAUGGGAUUGGCACUAACUUCUAUGAGCAAGUAUCCAGAAGCGAUAUCUUAUUUUAAUAAAGCUCUGGUGUUAGAUCCUGAAAACGACACCUACAAAUCCAACCUAAAGAUCGCAGAGCAGAAACAAAAAGAAGCAUCCAGUCCUACGGCCACAGGACUGGGGUUUGACAUGGCCAGCCUCAUCAAUAAUCCUGCUUUCAUUAGCAUGGCUGCCAGUGUGAUGCAAAACCAGCAGGUGCAACAACUCAUGUCGGGCAUGAUGUCCAACGCAGUGGGCGGACCUGCGGCCGGAGUGGGUGGAUUAACUGACAUAUCCAGUCUCAUUGAAGCUGGACAGCAGUUCGCCCAGCAGAUACAGCAGCAGAACCCAGAGCUGAUCGAACAGCUGAGGAACCACAUACGGAGUCGCUCCUUCAGCGGCAGCGCGGAGGAACACUCCUGAUCCCAGCAGGAUCAAGAAUCAGAGAAUGGCGGGCGGAAAAAGAGACGUGAGUGCAAUCGUUAAAUUCAUUCUUCUACUGGAGUGGAACCCGAGAUGGAGGGAAUGGCACUUUAUACGGAGACGUGGGGGGGGGAGAGGAGAAAACACAUCUAAAAUCACCUUAAACACAGAACAUUCUCUUAGGUUUCUUUGUGUGUGUCUGUGUAGAUAAUGUUUCAGUCCUCUUUAUGAAUGUAGCUGGUAAUAGGACACAUCAGAGUUGACUUUAUUUUACUAAACGAAUGAUUGAUCAUAUGCUUAUGCCUAUUAACAAAAUGUGGGGCCAUGUUAUCAACAUCCAUGUUAUCAACAUCCAAGGCAUUGUAAAUAGCUCACAGCUAAUAUGACAUGUUUGGAAUGACAUGCGGAUGAAUAAAUGGCGACGGUUGUCAUUUUAGGGUGAACUAACCCUUUAACGCAUUCUUAUUAUUUUGUACAACAUAUUCUGUUCGUUUUAGGAACAAGAGACAUUUGUUUGUGGUAACCACUAUAUCAGCUGCUUCACCGGAUCUGUUCGUUUAAUCAUUUUAUUCACUGGUAAUGACAACAAAAUGUUGCUAAAUAAGCAUUUUCAUAAUCAAUUUUUGCAAUUUUUUUUUGCAACAUUGCAAUUUUCUUUUGCAUGCUCCAUAAUCUGAUAUUUACAGUCAGAUGAGUGAUUGAAGCCUAUGUAAUAUGCUAAUAAAACACAGAGCGGUAUAAUGUUUUGUCUAAAAACAAUGUUAAUAAAUGUGUCUUGAAAUCA